AUGCGCUCACGAACCGGGUGCCUUACCUGCCGCCAGCGAAAGCUGAAAUGUGACGAGAAGAAGCCAGUGUGCGGGCAAUGCACAAAGGCCUCCAGAGAAUGUGUGCUCAGCUCCGGAAUCGUCUUCCGUCAUCAGCACAAUGCCUCAAUGAAUGGUGAUGACUCAGGAGACGAGAACUCGCUGAAAGGCUUCUACGCGUAUAAGAACACAUUCGAAGACAAUACCAUUUGGAUGGACAUCCCAAAAAAUGUGACCUUCAUCAACACCACUAAUCCAUAUCUCGACCCCGGAACACCAGACUUCGACACCAUUUCGGCUGCAUCAAUGGAAUCUCCUCCGCCGUUUGAGCGGCGCUCAUUCGCCUCAUCGCGGACACACAACAACUUUCACCUAGUCACUAGCACACCUUCUAGCAUAGGUUCUGAGCUAGGUUCCGCCAGCGUUGCCAUGGGCUACAGUCCUGAGCUCGAAUAUCUGCGACCAUUGAUGCACUCACCGCCAGGAUCUGCAGUAGGGACACCAGUUUCACCACCCGCCUCCCUCUGCAACCUCCGCAUCAACCCAUUGAUGGACUAUAGUAGCUCUUCAACACCAACACCUAUAGAUCCACGCCUCACUUCACCAUUCGAAUCCUCUACAGACUACACUCCCCGACGAUCUACACCUCGUUCGGAUACGGAAUCAAUGACGAAGCAAGAUCACGAGAUCGCCUUCCUUUUACGGUGGUUCUCUGAAGGCCCUGGGUACUGGAUGGAUCUCUUCGAUCUUGGAACAUACUUCGCUUCGUACGUGCCUGUCAAGGCGCGUGAGAACCCUUUGCUCAAGUAUGCGGCAGUCGCUUGCGCGGCCAAGGCCCUUGCACGUGUUCAAGGCCGCAAGCCUGUUAUGGGAGGAAGUGCAACACGUCAAGCUCGAAUGGAACAGUACCCCAACGCGCCUUUAGUUGACUGGAAGCACAAGGCGGCUGUAUACUAUGACAACGCCGUUUCAUUGUUGCUGAAGGCCCUCAAAACGGACACAACCAUCACCCCUGAUGACUCGGACUGCGAAGUCAGGCUACGCAAUGGCAGUCUCCCAUAUGGUUCUAAUGUUCCAGCGCCAAAAAAGCGAAAAGUCUCAGAUAGCAGCUCGUUUGUAUCUAGCGCUGACGAGCUGUUGGCCGCUUCCGCAAUUCUUUGCGUGUAUGAGUUCUUAGACACAUCCGUCUCGGAGUGGGCCAAACACUUGAACGGAGCAAAGUCUCUCCUUGUCCUUGCGCAGGAUCGUGUGAUGCCCUUACAGAUGCCGACCCCGGGGUCGACGAUGUCGUCUAGCUUCAACUUCAUUUCCAAGGCCCGGAGAGCAACAUUCUGGAACAUUGCUAGACAGGACAUGCUCGCAGCUUUCAUCAACAAAACCCCAACACGGCUCGACACUGAGGACCUCUCCUUAUGGAAAGAAGCCGGUCUUCUGAUCGACGAUCAGGGAUUCAUCGUUCCCAGCAACACAAGCCAAAGUGGCUAUCCAGAAGAAGGCGAGAACAUGAUGAGGGAAGACCUCAUUUGCAAUGCUCUGGUGUGGCUCAUGGCGAAGCUGGUCAACUUCAUGGCUGCUGGCGAUGAGAAUUCCAGUAGCAUAGGAAUGUCCUGGGCUGGCGUCCCUCAGCGAACGAUUCUGGACUAUUGGUGCAAUCUGCGAAAACAGUUCCAAGUCUGGCACGAUGGUUUACCGAUCACUUUUCAGCCUUCUGCUAGGGUGGAUGCAUCACACUCGCCAGGCCAUCUCUCGAAGAAUGGCAGCGGAUCCAUGUUCACUGAGGUUUGGUACAGCAUCCCGAUGUGUGCCUCUACCCUGCAGACCUAUCAUAUGAGCCAGAUUCUCUUGUUCAUGAACAAGCCACACGAAUCUACUCAGGGCCGGAGUACAGUGUGUGCACGCCUUAGCUCAUACGAGUCCGUUUUGGCCACCUGCCAGAAGCACAGCCGUGAGAUUGUCGGCAUCUCACUCGCCCGCUCAGAUGAAGCAGUCAGAAUCCAUUCAGUCCAGCCCUUGUUCACGGCCGGCCAGUGCCUCCGCGAUCCUCGAGAACGCCAGCAGGUCCUACACCUCCUCCGCGAUAUCGAAUUCGACAUUGGUUGGGCUACCGACUACCGAGUACGACAGCUCAUUGAGCAGUGGCAGUGGGAAGAGCAAGAGACCCUUGUGCCCUGA